AUGGACACUCCUCUCUCCAGCAAACAACUCAAAGAGCAAUUCGUUAGCAAUUUGACUGGAUCAUCUUUAAUCGAAAUCGCAGCUCUUACAGUAACUCUCCCUAUUUUGGUACUUAUUCGCCAUUCCUUCAACUCCAUUCCCAUAACUGGUAACUCCCUGAAGAAGAAAAAGGACGAUGCACCGUCUGAGCAUAGGAGUUUUAAAGCUUACCUAUCUACAUUGACUCUGGAUUUUCUGGUCAUAGUUGUUCCUAUGCUCUUAUUUUUCACUGUACUUGCUGACUGGAGCUAUAUAAUAGCAAGUUUAUUCACAAUCUUAACAUUGCUUUAUAUUGCAGUGAAGAGGCCUGGUGGUUCAUCUCCUGUUUUAGAAGAGCCCAAUUCUUUUAGGGCAUAUAUUACUUCGUACAGGGUUAUUGUGAUGAUUAUAACAAUCUUGUGCAUCUUAGCUGUUGAUUUCAGAAUAUUUCCUAGAAGAUAUGCGAAGACUGAAACAUUCGGAGCUAGUUUGAUGGAUCUUGGAGUUGGAGCAUUUGUUUUAGCAAAUUCAUUUGUUUCUCGUCAAGCGCGGAAUAUUGCAUCUGUAAACUGGAAGACUGCAAUAGUUUCAUCUAGUCCACUUAUCUUCUUAGGAUUUUUUCGUCUUGUUACAACAACUGGUGUGGAUUAUCAGGUCCAUACGAGUGAAUAUGGUGUGCAUUGGAAUUUUUUCUUUACACUUGCUGCUAUCUCGAUCCUUACAUCCUUUAUUAAUAUUCCCCCACAAUAUUCUGGAGUUUUUGGAUCACUUGUCCUAGUAGGUUACCAGUUCAGUUUGAUGCAUGGUUUAAACCAUUACUUGCUUUCUAAUGAAAGAGGAAUGGAUAUCGUAAGUCAAAACAAGGAGGGGAUUUUUAGCAUAUUUGGAUAUUGGGGUAUGUACCUUAUUGGCGUUCAUUUAGGAAACUAUCUUAUAUUUGGAACCCAUUCCUCUGCAAUUAAAAGUAGCAGAUGGGUUCGGAUGAGAGUUUGGGCUUUAGCAAUCCUGUUUUGGUUAUUAACUGUGCUUCUAGAUAGGCACGUCGAAAGAAUUUCACGGAGAACGUGCAACCUGCCAUAUGUUACUUUGGUGGUGGCUGACAAUUUACAGCUAUUAUCAAUUUUAACACUGGCCGAUCUUAUUCCGGGAAUCAAAACUUCAGUACUUGAAGAAGCAUUUAAUCGGAACUUACUGGCUACAUUUCUUCUGGCUAAUCUCCUCACCGGGUUGGUAAACUUGUCUGUUGAUACCCUCUCUGCAUCAUCAGCCACAGCUUUUUUAAUCUUGCUUUUCUAUGCUUAUAUUAUAUCAAUUGUUAUUGGAAUUGCUGAUUAUUUUGAUAUGAAGUUAAAAUUUUGGUGA